GUCUUCCUUCCCUGAUAAGCAUUUCAAAAUUUUCUCUUAAAGUCUCUCCAGUACUUUUCUCUAUUCGUUUUUGGUCGCUCUCUCUCUCUCUCUCUCUGAGCUCGGAUCUCGGCGGCCAUGGCGGCGUCUCAGGCGAACAUGGAGAAGAUGCAGGUCCGCCAGAAUUACCGCAAUCUCUGGCACUCUGACCUCAUGGGAACCAUUCAGGCCGAUACUCGCUAUUGCUGCUUCUCGUUUUUUUGUGCACCGUGUGCAUCAUACUUGCUCCGGAAAAGAGCUCUUUACAAUGACAUGUCAAGAUAUGUAUGCUGUGCUGGUUAUAUGCCCUGCAGUGGUAGAUGUGGGGAAAGUAAAUGCCCUGAAUUUUGCCUGGCCACUGAGGUGUUUUUGUGCUUUGGGAAUUCCGUGGCUUCAACUCGCUUUCUGUUGCAAGAUGAAUUUAAUAUUCAGACCACGCAGUGUGAUAAUUGCAUCAUUGGUUUCAUGGUCUGCCUACAACAAGUUGCAUGUAUUUUCUCCAUAGUUGCAAUGCUAGUUGGAAGUGAAGAAAUCUCAGAGGCGUCUCAGUUAUUGAACUGUUUGGCUGACGUGGUGUACUGCAGUGUGUGUGCAUGUAUGCAGACACAACACAAGAUUGAAAUGGAUAAGCGUGAUGGCAUGUUUGGACCCCAACCAAUGGCAGUACCUCAGUUUCAGCAGAUGUCUCGCAUUGAUCAACAAAUUCCUCCCAAUGUCGGAUAUCCUCCUCAACCAGUAUACGGGCAACCCUAUGGGUAUCCACCUCCUCCUCAGGCUCAAGGCUAUCCUCCAGCUGGAUACCCUCCACCUGGUUAUCCACCUUCUAGGUGAUUUGGCUGUGUUGCUCAUUCAUUUGCAAUCUUUGCGGACAUCUAUUCAGUUGCCUGUCAGUUUGCAAGUAUUGUUACCAUGAAGUACCAAGUUGUGUAUGUUUUGACCUUGGCACUUAUCGUUUUACUUGCAAGAGGUUUGGCAAAUCAAUCUUUGAAUACAUGCCAAACUUAUAACAAAUAUAUCUUCAUGAUCAUCUUUCAGUGUUUUUUUCCUUUUA